AUGGACUCCUGUAAGAAGAAACCGUCUUUGCCUCGUUUGACCACCAACAUCCCCCUACUACAGAAACCCUCUAAUGCAUCGUGCAAUACUUUACCAUCAAAACCUAUCCCAGAUGCCAGCGCACCCCCGGUCAUCAUGCCCGAGAGACCAACGAGAACUUCAUCACUGUUCAAGGAGGAAAAGCACGAUGAGGAGAACAUUGUGCCUGUGACACGUUUUGUGUCAGAGAGCAUGCCUAUCUAUGUUUCCCAGAAAAGUGUGGACGAUUCCCCGUUAACAAAGGUCAAGAAGUUGUACUACGAAGACGCAUUUACGGCACGUGGAUCGCACAACUCCCCCAAAGACCGCGUCACUCAUGAAUCUGUUGUUGUUGUUGAGCUUAAGACCAACACAAAAGCGAAAGAUGACGCACCCAAGUUACUGUCGGAUUUUGCCCACUUCCUUGCCCAGGUCUACCAGCGACCGGAGACGUCAAUGCUAGUCACUAUCGACCAGAACGCUGACUUGAUUUUUGGAAAUAUUUCUGGCUCGGCGUACCUGUUGAAGAUUACUGCUCUCUCGAGUUUGAUCGGACCGCUUACCAACAUCCGCAACACAGGCCUAAUCCAAUCAACUAUCCAAGAAAUGUUUGGCAUUGCGCCUGAUCAAGGUGUGGUGAUAUACACCCCAACGAACGAAGACAAUCUUGCAACCAAUGGAACGACUGCCAGGAGUGAGAUCGACCGCCUCGAACGAAUGGAAUCCAGUAAUAGCCCCUCGAUAUUCAAGUCUAUCUCGCGGUCCAUGAGUCGUCGGAUCAAAUCGAGCAGCGGCAACAGUGUUCCAAUUUCCCUCACUUCAGUCAUGAGCCCUGAUGUUGUAACCCCUACUUCAACUUCCCCCGUUACUUCAGGCCAGGUCCCUCCGCCGAGGCCACAUCAAGCAGAAGACAAAAAGCCGAUAGAGUCCCCAAAGGGCGAACCAAUUCACCAUGCCCCAUUCAAGGACGAAAAACCCGAACGCAUCCUCAAGAAGAGAGAGAGCUUGAAGAGUUUUGUCAACAGGCGUUUGGGUGAAUUGGGCGAGCUGACCACAAUGAAGCCAUUCACAGCCACAAAGGGAAAGAAGGACUGA